AUGGAAAGAGAUACCCACGAGGCUGAUCCUGCCCAGCCUGUCCUCUCGCAUAAUAACAGCUCUGGCGAUGAGGUGCUGAGCUACCGUGCAGAAGAUGAGCAAGCUCAGUUGGAAGGUGUUAAUCUCGAUAGGCUACAAUCGUUGACCAAGCAAAUGUCUCAUGUCACAGCGUCAGAAAUGGCUACCAUGGUCGACCUCAACGACUUUGACCUGACUAGAAUUUUGGCUGUAUUUGCAGAAAAGGCUGAACAGAGAGGCCUUCCAAUCAAGUCUACAGCUGUCGAAUUGAAAGAUGUCAGUGUUUUAGGAGUAAAUGAUUCCGCUUCACUAUUGCCCACUGUGUCAGACCUGUUGUAUCUUCCAAGUACGAUAGCCAGAAAAAUAAGGAAUAGAAAGCCCGCGUUGAGGCAUAUUCUCAAAGGUGUUGAUUUUCACACUGUUCCAGGGGAAAUGUGUCUGGUUUUGGGUCGUCCAGGUGCCGGAUGUUCGUCCUUAUUAAAGACUAUUGCUGGAGAAACUAGUCACUUCGUCAGAGUAGAGGGUGACAUUGCCUAUAACAAUAUUCCUCAAGCAGAGAUGGUGAAACGAUUCAAGAACGAGUUGAUCUACAACCCUGAGCUGGACUUGCAUUUUCCUCAUUUAACAGUUGAAGAAACCCUUUCAUUUGCACUUGCGUGCAAAACUCCAAGAAUUCGAAUUGACGAUAUAUCCAGGAAAAAGCAUGUUGACAACUGGCUUAAGAUCCUAUUGACGGUUUAUGGUCUCGGCCACACCCGUAAUACCAUUGUCGGUAACGACUUUGUAAGAGGAGUUUCAGGAGGUGAAAGGAAAAGAGUCUCCAUUGCUGAAGCUAUGGCUGCUAACGGAACAGUUUAUUGUUGGGAUAAUGCAACUAGAGGACUAGAUGCUUCUACUGCUCUGGAGUUUACGGAAUCGGUAAGAGCAACUACCAACUUGGAGCAGACCACUUCGUUUGUGACCCUUUAUCAACCCAGUGAACGAAUUUAUGAACUUUUUGAUAAGGUUUUGGUGUUAUACGAAGGUCGCCAAAUUUAUUUUGGCCCUGCUGAUGCCGCAAAGCAGUUUUUUGUUGACAUGGGAUACGACUGUCCUCCACGUCAAACAACUGGUGAGUUCUUAACCGCCGUGACGGACCCUUUGCAAAGAUACCCACGCCCUGGUUUUGAGAAUAGGGUUCCAAUUAAUGCUGAUGAAUUCCAGGAAUACUGGAGGGCAUCCUCUACUUACUCGGAUUUGCAGAAUCAGUUCCAAGAGACCCUGAAAGCAGGUCUUUCCGAGACCACUAAAGAGACAUUUUUGAAAGCCGCUGCUAAUGAAAAAAUGAAAGGUGUCAGCGAUAAUUCUAAGUAUACUGUUAACUACUUUGAACAGUUGAGGCUUUGUAUUGUUAGAGGUUUCCAACGAAUCAAAGGUGAUAUCAAUUAUACAAUAGUUAUGGUGGUCUCAGCACUCAUUCAGGGUUUAGUUGUUGGUUCCUUGUAUUGGAAUACUCCUGAGAACUCGUCUGGUGUCUUUGGUAGAGCCGGUGUGAUCUUCUUUGCUAUUCUUUUCUUUGUUUUGAUGUCAUUAGCUGAGAUUGCAAAUAUUUUCAAAGAUCGCCCUGUGCUGGCUAAACAGAUAGGCUACUCUCUUUACCAUCCAUCAACUGAGGUUAUUGCCAAUGCCCUAAUUCAGAUCCCAGUGAAGUUCAUUGCCUCUCUAUUUUUCAGUAUUGUUGUCUAUUUCCUUGCAAACAUGAAAAGACAACCUGGGCCGUUUUUUGCCUUCCUUCUAUUUGUUAAUUUGGGUUCUCAAACUAUGGCUGCUUUGUUCAACCUAGUUGCUGCCGUGUCCCCCACUUUAGCAGUUGCUAAUGCGUUUGACGGUUUGCUUGUGUUAUCCUCUGUUCUUUACACAUCCUAUAUGAUUCAACGACCUUCUAUGGUUCCUUGGUUUGAGUGGUUCUCGUACAUGAACCCAAUGCUGUAUGCUUUUGAAUCAAUGUUAACAAAUGAGUUUCAUGGUUCUAUUAUUGAUUGCUCAGACGUUGAUUUGAUUCCCAACGGUCCUGGUUAUGAAGAUUACCCUGAUCAAUACCGGUCUUGUGCCAUUACCGGUGCAAACGGAAGAACUUACGUUGAUGGAGAUACUUAUCUCGACCUAUCCUUUGAGUACUCCUACUCUCAUAUCUGGAGAAAUAUGGGAAUCCUUUUCUUGUUUUAUGUCGCCUUUUUGGUUAUUCACUCAGUCAUGUCAGAGAUAAUGAACAUGUCCACCAGUACCGCCGAUCGUUUAAUUUUCCUCAAGGCCAAUGAUCUACCCGUUGAGGUUGCUGCAGCACUGAAUGGUUCCGCUAGUAGUAACGAUGAGGAGACUGGUCAAGAUACUUCUCUGAACGAAAAAUAUGAACUGGAGCGUGACAAAUCUGAAGUAAAAGUCAGCGAUAAAUUGUUGGGUUCUGAUGAAGUAUUCACUUGGAAAGAUGUAAACUAUGUCAUCCCGUACCAAGGCUCUGAAAGAACUUUGUUAGACCACGUUCAGGGGUAUGUUAAACCUGGUACGUUAACUGCGCUGAUGGGUGAAUCUGGUGCUGGUAAGACCACUUUGCUGAACGUGUUGUCUCAAAGAAUAGAUGUGGGUGUAGUUACUGGUGAUAUGCUUGUCAAUGGUAAUCCAGUUUCUGCGUCUUUCAAGAGAAGAACUGGUUACGUCCAGCAACAAGAUCUGCACAUCUCAGAGUUGACUGUAAGAGAAUCAUUAAUCUUUGCUGCUAAACUUAGAAGACCACUGUCAGUACCUGUUGCAGAGAAAAUUCAAUAUGUUGACCAAGUGAUUGAAAUCCUGCAGAUGACCAAGUAUAAAGAUGCUGUCGCCGGUGAACUAGGUGCCGGUCUGAACGUUGAGCAGAGGAAAAAAUUAUCAAUUGCCACAGAAUUAGUAUCUAAACCCGAUUUGUUGUUGUUUUUGGAUGAGCCUACUUCUGGAUUGGAUUCUCAGUCUUCCUGGGCUAUUGUCAAGUUGUUGAGACAGCUUGCUGAUGCUGGUCAGGCUAUUCUUUGUACUAUUCACCAGCCAUCUGCAACUCUCUUUGAGCAAUUCGACCGAUUACUCCUUUUGAGAAAAGGAGGACAAACCGUUUACUUCGGAGAUAUUGGUGAGAAUUCAUCCGUAAUAACCGGCUACUUCGAAAGAAAUGGUGCAAGAAAGUGUUCUCCUGCUGAAAAUCCGGCCGAGUACAUAUUAGAGGUGAUCGGUGCGGGAGCCACUGCUUCUAUCACUGAAAAUUGGUUUGAUGUUUGGAUUAAGAGUCCAGAAUCCCAAGAAGUAUCUCAGGAAAUCUCAACCUUAGUAACAAGAGCUGGGAACAGCACAUCAUCAGUCGAUGAUGCUGCGCACUUGGGAACAUUUGCAACACCAUGGCACUAUCAAUAUCAGUUAGUUCUACAGAGAACAGCUCAACAAUUUUUCAGGGAUAUGGAAUACUUUAUGGCCAAGUUCAUGUUAUUGCUUUCUGGAGGUUUAUUGAUUGGAUUCUCUUUUUGGGACGUUAAACAUACUAUUGUUGGAAUGCAAAAUGCGAUGUUUGCUGUCUUCUCUGCUAUGAUUCUUUCCGCUCCCCUGUCUAAUCAAAUUCAAUCGAAAGCCAUUGCAUCCAGAGAGUUAUACGAAGCUCGUGAAUCAAAAUCUAAUACUUUCCAUUGGUCAGCUUUGCUUUUGUCACAGUUCUUGGUGGAGAUUCCAUACUCUGUUGUGUUCUCUACCAUAUUUUACAUUUGUUGGUAUUUCCCUGUUCAAUUGGAUAACGCUCCUGAAAGAGCCGGAGUAUGGUGGUUGCAUUACUGUAUCUUCUUCCAGUUGUAUUAUAUUUCAUUUGCCCUGGCCACAGUCUAUUUUGCUCCAGACCUUCCGACAGCAAAUGUUAUUCUAUCUUUCCUGUUUAACUUUAUUUUUGCGUUCUGUGGUGUUGUUCAACCAGUUGACAUGAUGCCAGGCUUUUGGACAUUCAUGAACAAGGUUUCUCCCUACACUUACUUUGUUCAAUCCUUCUUAGGUAACGUUUUACAUGGAAGAGAAGUCCAUUGUGCUGCUAACGAAAUGACAUACAUUCAACCCCCCAGUGAGCAGUCAUGUGGGGAAUACCUUACACCAUUCAUCGAGGAACACACAGGUUAUGUGGCAAACCCAGGUGCAUUUGAAGAUUGUGGUUUCUGUAAAUUUGCAGUCGGUGACCAAUAUUUGAGCACGGUUGGAAUUAAGUACAGCUAUGGUUGGAGAAAUGUUGGAUUCUACUGGGUAUACAUUGUUUUCAACCUGAGUGCAAUGCUUUUCUUGUAUUACAUGUUUAAAGUCAGAAAGCAGUCAAUUUUUGCUCCUAUUAUUGGACUUUUUGGGAGAAAGCAAAAGGAUUAA